AAUAGUGUAAACAAUAGCUAAAGUUAUUAUAGAACGAUAAACAUGCAGCUCUAAGGCCCUACAUGAAGAAGAUAUGAUAUGGGCAAAGGUGAUUUCAAGAUCAGAAAGAGACAGUUCAAGAACACGACAGGGUGACCACGGCACUAAACUACUGGUAUAAUUUCUUUCCUUUUGAUAAAGCACUAGUCAUACACUUGAACUUUUCUUCCUCCAUGGAGAUUUUCAUAGAUUUUAAAUUUGAUAUAUUUUCUGCAUUAAUUAGUUUACAAGAACGUUGUUAGGAGUGUGUGUUUUUUGAGUCUGGAUCUGCUCCGGUUAGGCAUAUAUCCAGUUUUUCGGUUACCUUUUCGGAUGCACAACACGUGGUUAGUCAAAAAAUUAAUGGUUCAGAUUGAAAAUUUAAAAUUAAUAUUUAUAAUUAAUUUAUAAAACAAUAGAAAAUACGUUUCUCUUUCAACUUGCUUCAUCUCUUUCACUUUCCAUUCACACAGUUUUCUCUUUUAUAAAUCCACACUACUGUUCAUCAUAUUCUUUGUUUGGAUCUUUCACCACCGUUCGUCGCAACCGCCAUACAAGCCAAUUCGAAGAUCUACUCACCAUUGUCUAAUUUCAACGAGGUUGAUGCACCGUUCAUAUUUGUUCAAAAACUUUCUCUUUACACUUCGCAAAUCGCAAAGAUUUACCAAAAUUUUUUUUAGGGGAAAUUACAGAAUCAAACUAAGGUGCGUUUUGUGGAGAGCUCCGUCGUCGCAACGACAAGCUUAACGACAAUUGUUGAUUUUUAGAUUUAAAAAUCCUUGCCAUUAGAUUAUUGGUUUUUCCAUGUAUGCAAUAUAUGUUGAAUGAACAUAAUCAAUGGAGGACAACCGUAAGAGUAUGACGGCGAGAGGUGUAAACUUGUAAUAGUACGGCGACGAGUGGAGAGUGAAGGGAGAAGCAGUUGGUUGUGUUAGGUCAAGUAUUAGAAAGAUGUUGUGAAAAUGGAAUUUUAUUUAUUUUAUUAAAAAAUACAUAAUUUUACCAUAUUUAAUCUGAACCAUUGAAAGUUUAAUUGCCAUGUGUCCAAAGAUUGGUAACGAAAAUGGAUAACUGGACUAUUUGAAAACUGGAGCAGAUCCGGAUUCGUGUUUUUUUUCCUUAUCUUAAAAGUUAUGAGGUGAAAACAACUGAUUUCAUAACUAUCAUUGAUGAUAGGGUAAAAGAACAUUUUUACACAACACAAACAUGGAAUUAAUAUGAUUAGACGUGCCCACGUGUAAAAACAUUUUACCAGGGUUCCUUGCUCACCUUUUGGGUCAAAUCGCUUUAUAGCUACUACAUUGCCAAAAACCUCCUGACCGACAACUCUAGUCGGUUUAAAACUGUUUGUUGCAACUCUAACUUCAUUAAAACACAAUUUCUUCACCUCCUCUCUUUUCUUAUUCACUUUGGAUAUACUUUCCCUUUCUCGUGGAAGCUAGUGGAAGCGGUGGUGGUGGGAUUCCUGGUGGUACUUGGAGGAGUGGAAGUGGAAGCGGUUGUCAUGGUGGUGGGAUUCUGGGUCAAAGAUCAAUGAUUACAAGAAAAUGGAAUCAAUCUACAUGGGUGAUCAAAUUCUACAACAAUCUUAAGGAUUUAUGCUUUAUCAUGGUUGAUGCUGUUAAAUAUUCAGGUUCUAUAUUUUCAAAUUCUACAACACUUACAACUAAGGCACGUCUCUAAAGAUUGUGUAAAAUAUGUUCGAUAGGUGACUUCAUGCACAAAAGAGAGUGAAUUGUGGUAUUCAAAUUUUGCCAUUAAUUUUGAAGUUUUAAUACUUAAGUAGUAAAUUGUUAGUAUUAUAACAAAAAGUAGUAGAAAAUAAAAACGGUAAAGUAAAUAUCAGAAAUUAAAAGAUAAGUGUUAGAGAGAUGACACCGGAAAAUUAUUUAAGUUCGGUCAAAUGUUGACUUAGCUCUGUUUACGAGAGAUCUUUUGGAGAUUUCAUUAUGAUAUUGAGUUUUUACAAUUGAUGCCCACGAACCUUUGAUACAAGUAAAUCGAGAUAUUUUACACUAGCUUAAAUAGAGAGAGAGAGAGAGAGAGAGAGAGAGAGAGAGAGAGAGAGAGAGAGAGAGAGAGAAGAAUUAGAGAAAUCCUGAAUUCUGGUGAAAAUUGAAGUGAGGAAAAGUCUCUUUUAUAUAGGAAAAAAAUUGGCUCAAAAUGGAAGCAAUUCAUUAGUUAAGUAAAUGACCUAAUUGAUUAGGUACUUGUAGUAGUCAAUUAUAGCUGCCCAAAUUGGAAAUCACUACCAAUCAAUAAAAUAUUGCUAUAAUCCAUUAUAUAAUGGAUUAAGAUUCACCUAAUCGGUUAGAAUAGUAUUCUAAUUGAUUGCAUCUCCCAAUCAAUUACACAGACCCUAAAUUUACUAAAUAGGUCUUAAAAACUUUUUUGUGUUUUUGUUAGGUAAAGAGAGGCUUCAAAAAUUGUUUUUUGUGUGCGCGCGUGAGUAUGUUUGCGUGUGAUGCCUUAGUAUCUUAGGUGUUACUCUCCGACUUUCACAAAACUUUGGUCACUCAAAAAGACACAACCGGACGAGCUUUCACAUUUUUCUUUCUUUCAAAAUUAUGAGGUUUCAAUUUCCUUUGUCAAAUACACUGAUCAUACAAGCUCUUCAUUAGAACCUUGAAUCUCUUACUUGAUGAGGCUUGAGAUUUCUUCAAGUUAAUCAACACCAUCAAAGAGUUGGAAAGAUAUUACCACUAACUUCAGCAACCAUUAGUGUUGUCCGCAUCAAAACACUAGGAAUGUUGUUAGUGGGAUUGUUAACUUCAUACCUACAAGCACAUUGAUCCAAAUUCUCCCUCUUUUUAAUGAUGACAAGAAUCAAUCAAAGUGGUGAUAAAAUUAAAAAAAACAGAGAUAAAGUUUGAAGUGGUUAAAUUCCACCUCAUAUGAGUAAAGAGUAUACUUCUCUCCCAUCAGCAUAAUCAAAAAGGUGGAAAAAUAAGCUUAAAUGUGAUAUAUGUGAUAUGUUUGUUUUAUUCUUGAAAACAAGUCUCUAAGAGCUUGUUUUAGAUCGUAGAGAGCCCUUUUCAUUUUGAAAACAUCAAUAAGAAAAUUUUCAUAAAAUCGGGAGGAUGAUCAACAAGCACUUCCUUAUGGAUGUAACUGUUUAAAAAAUGCACUAUUUACAUACAUUUGGAAGAGUUUAAGAAAAUAUAAUUCAUGAGAAAGCUAGAAACAUCUUUAUGGAUUCUAGUCAAGCUACAAGGACAUAGGUUUCACAAAAAUCUAUCCCUUUCUAUUGAUUGUAACGUUUCGCAAUAAGUCUGGAUUUAUUUUUUAAAACAUUGUCAUCUCCGUCCAACUUGUUGCGAAAGACCCAACGGGUACCAGACACUUGAUUAGUGAAAGCUUUGGGAAUGAGUUCCAAAACUUUAUUUUUCUCAGAUAGAUUUAAUCUUUCUUACAUAACAAGAUAUUAAUGUUAUUUGAUGAUAGCUUCAUUAAUUCCCUUUGGCUCAAUUUUUAAAACAAAAGCCAAAAGGUUAUAUACCUUGUUAAGGGAGUGUUGAGAUGUAAUUCCUUUAGAAAUAUCAACACUCUAAAUGGGAUGGUCCUUAGUGGUUCACUAAUAUUUUAAUAGACUUUGAUUCUCUAAGUUGACUUAUUCAACUUUAGUCUCUCCAUUUGGACUUUGGACUUCCUCUUGUCUUUUUUCCCUUGAUCAUCAUCUUCUAAUGAUGUUCUUUCAGGGAUACCUACACAAUUAACAACCUAUACAUCUACCUACUAAGGGUUGGUUCAACAAAGGUAAUAUGUAUGAUUUAUUUUAUGGUCAUGGUAUUUUCAAAAAGGAUUUUUAAAAGGAUUUUAUUUCAAGGUUUUUAAAUACCAUGUAUAUAAAAUAUACAUUAUUACCUUUGUCAUAUAACUUACUUAAAAGUAAAUUGUGCAAUAAAAUUUUAGUCAAAAGAACAACUUAAAGGAAAGAUCAGGGCUCUUACCAAACGAUUUUUUCUACUUGUAAGAGUGAAACAGGAGAACAUAUUUAUUUCUUCAGUAGUAUGACUUGAAGAGCAUUAGUCGAUAUCAACUUUUGAAUUCAAGUUGCCAAGCACAUUUACAUCACAAUUCGACUUUUCAACCUUUCGUAUCCAAAUCUCUUUGGAUCUUUUGAUGUUAGUGAAAUACAUGUUAUAAGCAUACAUAUUCCUCUUUUUACAUUCACAACUCUCUUUAUAGAAAGGCGAGGGAGGAUAUCCUUGUUUGCUUUCAUGACUCUUUUUAGUAAAAUAAAGCAUAGCAAUAUGGGCAUCUUUAUUACAGUAAUUUCAUUUUUGGAUUUUGCACUUAGAUGUUUGGAUGGGCAUUACAAAUAUUGUUAAAGCUUUUACUUUUGUUAUUAGGUUCAUAACCCAAAUCAUCCUUAUUGCAAGACGCCAUUAGGUUACCUAACAAAAUAUUCAACUUGUCUCUUCCUUUAGUGAAUUUAUCAAGUAUGUUUUGAACAUCAUCAAUUUUAUUUUUCAAAAUGUCAUAUUGAUCACACUUGAUUGAUUUAUCUAAGAAUUUUUAAGAAGAGGAUGAGUCGUGAAUUAGAUCAUCUUGUCUUUCUUUAUGCCAUUUUAUUUCUUCCAAUAAGUAUAUAUUUUUCAAUUUAAAGGAAGAAAUAAUGUCUUUGGAGGUAGAACCAGUUUGUUAUAAUUUACUUGUUUCUUUAAUUAGCUUUUUACAUAUGUGAAACAAGUAUUGAUAAAUAAGAGGUUACAUCAUCUUCUUCAUGAUUUAUCAUGAGACACAUAUUUGCUUCUUCCUUGUUAGAGGAUUCCACAUCAUUGUCAUCCCAAAAUAUGUAGGCUACCUUAACUUCUUUUUGUUGUUUCUUGGAGAUUCUUUGAUUUUGAGGGCAUUUCGGUCUUAUGUGCCCUUCCUUUCUGCAUUGUUGGCAUGUAGGAAUGAAGAAGUAUAUAUCUUUCUUCAUUUUUCUCUGGGCAACUUGGAAAAAAAUUGAUGCCUUAAAAACUCCAUGAUUUUUUUAAACAUGAGUUUCAUGUAUAUGUUAAUCUCACUCUAAAAACAUUCAUAUUCUAAUUCCAUAUCUUUAAUGUUAGUAUCCUUGAGUGCAAUGAUUUUCCUCUUCUUCUUGUCAUUUUAUUCAUCAUCAGCAAGUUUUUUUAUCUCCAUCUCAUGUUCCUACAAUUUACCAAAAAGAGUGUGUGCGUCCAUGGUUGCUAAAUCCAUAGAUUCAUAAAUCAUAGUGACUUUAGGUUACCAACUCUGGUUUAGGUAUAUAAGAUUUUCACAACCAAUUCCGCUUUUAAAAUUUUUUUCCAAAAUUCUCAUAUGACUCACAAUAUAGGUAAACCAUGUUUGUAUUUGAUUUAUGUUCUCUUCAGGUUUCAUUUUAAAAUUUUCAAACACGUGAGUUAAUGUGCCCAAUUAGUUCCUUCAUGGGUAAUUUGGAGGAUGUCCCACAUUUUUUUGCAGUUUCACGAUGAGAAACUCGCAAAAAAUUCAUCAAGACCAAGAGAGAGGUGGUAAUGAAAAAAUUUCCCUUCAAACUGUACUGCACAUUUUCUUUAUCAUCUUUUAUCCAAUCCUUUUUAGAUUUGUCCACUACAACACCAUUGACAUCGUGUGUAGGAAUAAAUAAAUCUUCUUUCACAACCUUCAAAUACCAUUAUCCAUCCUUUCAGUGAAAAGAUUCAUUUUCUCUUUCCAUAAACUAUAUCCUUCUCCAUUAAAGGAUGGGCUCCAUUAAAGGAUGGGGUUUGUUUAGUGAUGACUUGAAGUCAUUUUUCCUCCUGAAAAGAUUAGUCUUUAACAAGAGUUAGACUCUGAUAUCACUUGUUAGAAGAUUAGUCUUUUAUGUAUGCAAUGUGACCAACAAUCAUGACUCAAUGCGUGUGGUACUAUUUCGUGGAAAUCUAAUUUUUGUUACUGAUAUUCAUCCACUAAGUGUGGUCCCUCUUCAAACCCGGUUCCUCUUUAAACUCAAACUCAUCACUGAUCCCCGCUUGUGGAUCAAGGAUUUUCGGCAGUUCUCAACAUGACACAUGAUGCAUGACAUACAGAUGAAACAAUAUUAUUGGUUCCAUUUCGAAUCGUACACAACAACAUACAAGUCAACCACAAUAGUUCUCACUCAGAAUUACACGUCUCAACAUCAACCAGAAAUAAUUAUACAAACAUAUAGAAUAUUAUUUAACUCUUCAUAAUAUUCUAUCACAAUAAAUUAACUCAUCAAACACAUCAAAACAGCAGCCAAACAUUAGUCGCAUACGAAAACAACACCAAAAUUAGAGGAGAGUGAGGAUCCUUCAAUACCCUUCAUCCAAUUGACAUCAACAUUUGAGUAAUUCUCCCCCUUACCUUAAUUUUCAGCAGCAAAAUCCAAGGUCUUAUGGUUUCUCCUUCCUAUAGCUCUUUAGGGUUUGUUGCAUCUUUCUCUCUUUUCCUCUUUUACGUAUCAGACAAACUCUCACUCCCCUCACUUAAUCUAUUUAAAUGACCUAAUAGUAUUUUUUUUUAAUUUUCAACUCUCCUUUAAAUAUUAGGCUCUUACUCCUUAUGACUCAAAUUCAAUUAGAGUUCUAAUUUCACCCCCAUAACUUACAAUUCCUAUAUUUUUAUUACUUUAAUUAAACAAUAAUCUUAUAACUCCUUAAUUUCCAAAUAAAUCGUAAAAAAUAAAAUAAAAAUUUAUCACCGAGUUAAAUAAGUAAAAGAAAUUUAAAAUUCAAUAAAUUAAAUAAUGGAAAAUUUGGGGCGUUACAUCCCACACAUUCUUCGCAACGUGUUUCGAAUAUAGAGCCAACGAGGAUAAGUCAUACGGAUCUCCUCCAAACCCCUCAGAAACGACAUCAACUUGGGGCGGCUCAACCUAGACUGAUUGAGCUUCCGAUGCAUCAAGAUGUGACACCUACCUCCUCUAGGAAGACGAAGUCGAAGAUGCAUGAAUCCUAGAAGUUGACGUCAUCGCAUCAAAAGAACUAGAAGCCACUGAUGCUUGCAAGAGUCAGGUUCUUUUCCUACGAAUUGAUGCAUGAUGGGUGUUCGCGGUGCGGUUUGGGCGGUUUUUACGUAAAAAAAUCAUCCGAACCGCAAGAGAAAAAAGUGUGCGGUUCGGUUUGGUUCGGUUGGCUUUUAGAAAUAAAACCGAACCAAACCAAACCAAACUAAUGCGGUUUGGAUUGGUUCGGUUGGUUCGGUUUUUUUACAAAAAUUUAUUGAGCCAUACAUACAUAUAUAGAUGACAACAUAACUUUGUAUUUAGUCAUUUAUGUGUUAUCAAAUAACAAUAAAAUUCAUCAUAUUUGGAUAACAACUUUCCAUUUAAUAUACAAAAAUAAAAUUAGAUAAAAGUGGAAUAAAAAUCAUAAAAUAGUAGCAUAAAACAAUAUAAAAAAGCAUUAUAAUGAAAUAGAAAAAAAGAGGAGAUGAAAAAUUAAAGAAGAUGAAAAAGAAAGAGCAUAAGAGAUGAGAGAUUGGAUAAGAAGAGGAACAUUAAAAACGUAAUUCCAAGAGAGAACAUACAAAAUAAAAGACUAGAAAAGAGGAGAUCAUAUGUACUUUAAAAAGAAGAUGAGAAGAAGACGCAAUACCGCUAGGAGAGAUUUAAGAAGACUUAAACUGAAACUUUAAGUGUGAGGAAAAGAAAAUCAUUUGUAAUUGUAAGGUUAAGGCAUAAUAGGUUUAAGUUUGGGUUGGAUAUAAGUUAAUUGAAGUUUGGGAGUUGUAGCAUAAUGCGGUUUGGUUUGGUUUGGUUUGGUUUGUAAAAUACAAACCGCAAACCGAACCGAACCGUGCGGUUUGUUAAAAAAUGGCCCAAACACAUCCAAACCAAAUGUGGUUUUUUGCGGUUUCGGUUUGGUUCGGUUCGGUUUUGCGGUUUUCUAUUGGACCGGUUUGGUUUUGAACACCCCUACAUGAUACGACACUCUGUCAAGCCUCGAUCUAUCAGCCAUAAUGUCUAUAAUUAAACCACACACGCAUUACAUAGUAGAAAAAAUCAAACACAAAUGAAACACAAUGAAAAUCAAGACAAACAAUAUAGACAGACCAAAUAUAGAAAUGCAUUUUUUUCCUAUUUCUAAGAAAACAAUUUGAUCAAAUAUGAAAGUGUGUUUUUAUAUUAACUUGCAAAUCAGUAAAAAUGAAAAUGACGUAAAUGCAUGAAAACCUAACUUUCUCAAAACAUAUUGUUGAUCUAAACUACCUAUCAAACACAUUAGUGACUUAAAUAACCUAUCUAAACUACUCACUCAUUACCUUUGAUCUAUGAUGCAUGGUGCGGGAAUGGAGAAGAUGGAUGAAACAUUGAAACCUGCGCGAGAAAUGGCAGCCCAGUGAAAAGUAAAGUAAGCAGUGGCAUGUCAGCGUUGAACAAGAAUAGCAUAGUCAGUAAAAUAACCAAUCUCCAUCGUUUAAGACAACUCCAUGCACAACUGGUCCACCGAUCCCUGCACCACCAAAACCACUUGGUGGCGCUUCUCCUUACCCACUGCACGCGCCUUCAUGCACCCUCAACCUACACCUCCCACAUUUUUCAUCUUGCAACACACCCUGACCUGCGUCUCUUCACCUGCAUGCUCAAAUAUUAUUCCCGAAUUGGUGCUCACACACAACUACUACUUUCUUUCUUCAAACAUAUGCUGCACCACUAUCAAAUCAACCCCGAUGCAUCUUUCUAUGCGCUUUUGAUUAAAUCUGCUCGAAAUGAUAGCAUCUUCUUUCUUCCUCAUCUACUCAAAUCGGGACAUUCUCGUGAUCAUUAUGUUCGAAAUGGAAUUUUGGCCAUGUAUGCGAAGUAUGGACCUAUCGAGUUUGCCAGGAAACUGUUUGAUGAAAUGACUGAUAGAACAGUUGCAGAUUGGAAUGUGAUGAUCUCUGGAUACUGGAAGUGCGGGGAUGAAGAUGAAGCCAGUAAGCUUUUCUAUCUUAUGGGUGAACAGCAGUCUAUAAGAAGGAAUGUUAUUACUUGGACCACCAUGAUUUCCGGGUAUGCAAAGAACAAGAAUUUGAAGACUGCAAGGAUGUAUUUUGACAAAAUGCCGGAAAGAAGUGUGGUAUCAUGGAAUGCAAUUCUAUCAGGGUAUGCUCAGGGGAGAGCACCACAAGAGACUGUAAGAUUGUUCAAUGACAUGCUUAGCUCGGGAAAUGUUGAACCUGACGAAACAACAUGGGUAACUGUCAUAUCAUCUUGUUCAUCUCUUAGUGACCCUUGUCUUUCAGAAUUCAUUGUCAGAGAACUAGACAACAGAAUAAGUGUCCGCUCAAAUUAUUUUGUCAAGACAGCUCUUCUUGAUAUGUAUGCAAAAUGCGGGAAUCUUGAGGCAGCUCAAGAGAUUUUUGAGCAAUUGGGUGUGUAUAAGUAUAGGAGUUCUGUUCCAUGGAAUGCUAUGAUUUCUGCACAUGCAAGAGUAGGGGAUAUAUCUUUGGCAAGACACCUCUUUGAUAAGAUGCCACACCGAGAUACCGUCUCUUGGAAUUCAAUGAUUGCUGGUUAUACUCAAAACGGCGAGUCAUUCAUGGCGAUCAAACUGUUUGAGGAAAUGAUCUCUAGUGAAGAUUCAAAACCAGAUGAGGUGACCAUGGUGAGUGUUUUUUCUGCUUGUGGACACCUUGGAGAACUAAGUUUGGGUAAUUGGGCUUUGAGCAUCCUCAAAGAAAAUAACAUCCGGAUUAGCAUUUCAGGAUACAACUCUUUGAUUUACAUGUACUCAAGAUGUGGGAGCAUGGAAGAUGCUGCAUUGAUAUUUCAAGAAAUGGUAACAAGAGAUUUAGUUUCCUAUAACACAUUGAUUUCCGGGUUUGCAGAGCAUGGGCAAGGAUUGGAGUGCAUCAAACUACUGUCAAAAAUGAAAAAAGACGGAAUUGAACCGGACCGCAUAACAUAUAUUGCUAUACUAACUGCAUGCAGUCAUGCCGGAUUACUGGAAGAAGGUCAAAAAGUUUUUGAAUCAAUCAAAUUCCCUGAUGUUGACCACUAUGCUUGUAUGAUUGAUAUGCUGGGUCGAGUUGGUAGAUUAGAAGAAGCUGUGGAGUUGAUUCAAAGCAUGCCAAUGGAACCCCAUGCAGGAAUUUAUGGAUCUCUUUUAAAUGCUACUAACAUUCAUAAACGAGUGGAACUCGGCGAACUUGCUGCAGCUAAACUGUUCAAGAUAGAACCGCAUAAUUCUGGAAAUUACGUGUUGCUAGCUAACAUGUAUGCUUUGGCUGGUAGAUGGAAGGAUGUUGACAGAGUUAGGGAUGCAAUGACAAAACAGGGAGUGAAGAAAACAACUGGCUGGAGCUGGUUGGAGCAUAACUUAUAAGUUUGAAGAAAACAACUGGCUGGAGCUGGUUGGAGCAUAACUUAUAAGUUUAUGGAAAAUACCAAUUGGUGGCUAGGUGUGUGUGUGUGUGUGUUUUUGUAGAGACAGGUCAUAGCACCCACAAGAUUACAGUUCACCUUCACCAAUUCUCAUCUAUGCUGCACAGAAGUUUUUGGAGGUGAACCAACCAAACGAAUUUAUAAAUGACACUCCCCACAAUACUCAUCUAUUACUUAUUUGUCACCUGCCUUACAAUCAGAAA